UUGAAUGUGCAUUCCUUUCGCCUCGACACCAUGAGCACAAUUUCGCCGACGGACUUUGACAGCUUGGAGAUCCAGCAGCAAUAUAAUGACAUCAACAACCGCUGGGACCUGGCCGCAGAAACUGACUGGGACAAUGAAAACAGUUCAGCACGUCUCUUUGAACGCUCCCGCAUCAAAGCACUUGCAGCUAAGAGUUCAAAGGAAACAACGAUGGAGUGGGACCACAGGGAACGAGAACCCUGCUUGUCCCCAGCAGCUUUUGUCAACCAGGUGCAAUAUUCUAAUAUCCUGGAAGGAAGAUUUAAACAGCUUCAAGAUGAACGUGAAGCAGUUCAGAAGAAGACUUUUACCAAAUGGGUGAACUCUCAUUUAGGCCGAGUAACCUGUCGCAUCGGUGACUUGUACACAGACCUACGGGAUGGCCGUAUGUUAAUUCGCCUUCUGGAAGUGCUCUCAGGAGAGCAACUGCCAAAGCCCACUAAGGGUCGCAUGCGUAUCCACUGCCUUGAGAAUGUUGAUAAAGCCCUACAGUUUCUAAAAGAGCAAAAGGUCCAUCUAGAAAAUAUGGGCUCACAUGAUAUCGUGGAUGGGAAUCACCGCCUCACUCUGGGUCUAAUUUGGACCAUUAUCCUUCGUUUCCAGAUCCAGGACAUCAGUGUGGAGACAGAAGACAACAAGGAGAAAAAGUCAGCCAAAGAUGCCCUGCUGCUUUGGUGCCAAAUGAAAACUGCCGGUUAUCCCAAUGUCAACAUCCACAACUUCACAACCAGCUGGAGAGAUGGACUGGCGUUCAAUGCCAUCGUGCAUAAACACAGACCUGACGUGAUUGAGUUUGACAAUCUGAAGAGGUCCAAUGCUCACUACAAUCUCCAGAAUGCUUUCAACGUGGCAGAGAAGGAACUGGGACUUACAAAGCUGCUGGACCCAGAGGACGUUAAUGUGGACCAGCCUGAUGAAAAGUCCAUCAUCACCUACGUUGCCACCUACUACCAUUACUUCUCUAAGAUGAAAGCGCUUGCAGUGGAGGGCAAACGAAUUGGCAAGGUACUGGAUUAUGCUAUUGAAGCCGACCAGCUGAUAGAAAAAUAUGAGACCCUGGCAUCAGAGCUGCUUCAGUGGAUUGAACAGACCAUUGGUACACUCAAUGAUCGUCAGCUAGCUAACUCUCUGAGUGGUGUUCAGAACCAGCUUCAGGCUUUCAACUCCUACAGGACAGUAGAGAAGCCCCCGAAAUUCACGGAGAAGGGGAACUUGGAGGUCCUCCUCUUCACAAUUCAAAGCAAGAUGAGAGCAAACAAUCAGAAAGUCUAUAUGCCAAGAGAGGGCAAACUCAUUUCUGAUAUCAACAAGGCAUGGGAACGACUGGAAAAGGCAGAACAUGAGAGGGAGCUGGCACUGAGAAAUGAAUUGAUCCGCCAGGAAAAGCUGGAGAUGCUCGCCGCUCGAUUCGACCGGAAAGCAGCUAUGCGGGAAACAUGGCUGAGCGAAAACCAGAGGCUUGUGUCUCAGGAUAAUUUUGGAAUGGACUUAGGGGCUGUAGAGGCUGCAACCCGUAAACAUGAAGCGAUCGAGACGGACAUCGGGGCAUACUGGGAACGUGUGGCUGCUGUGGAGGCUGUUGCCAAAGAGCUUGAAGCAGAGGGAUAUCAUGAUGUGCGGCGUAUACUGGCACGAAGGGAUAACGUGCUUCGACUCUGGGAAUAUCUUAAAGAGCUUCUAGCUGCACGCAGAGAACGUCUGAAUUCCCAUCGUGACCUACAAAGGCUAUUUCAAGAGAUGCGCUACAUCAUGGACUGGAUGGCAGAUGAAAAGGGUCGCCUGCAGUCUCAGGACAGCGGUAAACAUUUGCAUGAUGUGUUAGACCUGCUACAAAAGCACACUCUGGUGGAGGCUGACAUUUCAGCCCAGGCAGAGCGGAUAAAAGCCGUUCAGGGAGCUGCACAGCGCUUUAGCUCCCACGAACAGACUUACAAACCUUGUGAACCUGGACUAGUUAGUGACAAGGUUGACCUGCUUGGUCAGGCCUAUGACGAACUCGGUCAGCUUGCAGCGACUCGCAGAGAACGCCUGGAGGACUCGCGUCGUCUCUGGCAGUUCCUGUGGGACCUUGGAGAGGAAUCGGCCUGGAUCAGAGAGCAGGAGCAGAUCUUAGCAAGUGGAGACUGUGGGCGUGACCUCACAUCUGCCCUUCAUCUACUCAGUAAACACGAGGCCUUCAGGGAUGAGAUGGCAGCCCGUUACGGCCCUCUGAGUAACAGUAUUGCUGCUGGAGAGGCUUUGGUGACAGAGGGGCACUUUGGAGCUUCACAGGUCACAGAAAGGAUUCAAGACAUCCGUGCACAGUGGGCUCAUCUUGAGGAGACGACUAAGCUCAGAGAGCAGAGCCUCAAGGAAGCAGUGGCCCUGAACCAGUUUCAAACAGAUGCCAGUGACAUGGAGGCGUGGAUUAUGGAGACACUCAGACAAGUGUCCAGUCAAGAGGUUGGCCACGAUGAGUUUUCCACCCAAACUCUAGCUCGCAAGCAGAGAGAAGUAGAGGAGGAGAUCCAAAGCCACCGGCCUCUUAUAGAUUCCCUGCAUGAGCAGGUCCAAGCACUGCCACAGGCCUACAUGUGUUCUCCUCAAGUGGAUGGUCGUCUGCCUGCUAUCGAGCAGCGCUACGAGGAACUGGAAUCUCUGUCAGCAGGUCGGCGCCAGGCUCUGGAGGGUGCCCUGGCCCUCUAUCGCAUGUUCAGUGAAGCUGAUGCCUGCCAGCUCUGGGUUGAAGAAAAGGAACAGUGGUUAUAUGGCAUGGAGAUCCCAACCAAACUGGAGGACUUGGAGGUGGUACAGCAGAGAUUUGAGACACUGGAUCCUGAAAUGAAGAAUUUAGGCACUCGUGUCACCGAUGUGAACCAAGUGGCUGAGCAGCUGCUGGGCUCAGACAACAGUAGCAAAGACCAAAUCCACCAGACAAAAGACCAGCUGAACAACAGAUGGAAAGAGUUUGAGCAACUGGCUGGUCAAAAGAAAAUUGCCCUAGAGUCUGCUCUUAACAUCCAGAACUACCACCUUGAAUGUAAUGAGAUCCAGACAUGGAUGAAGGAAAAGACCAAAGUGAUUGAAUCUACUCAGAGCCUGGGCAACGACCUGGCAGGAGUGAUGGCACUACAAAGAAAGCUCACUGGAAUGGAGAGGGACCUUGAGGCCAUUCAGGGAAAACUGGAUGACCUGAGAGGUGAAGCUGAAAAGCUGGCAAGUGAACAUCAAGAUCAGGCUGAAGAGAUCCAAGGACGUUUGGCUGAGAUUCAGGAAGUGUGGGAGGAGUUGAAUGCGACCAUGAAACGACGAGAAGAGUCACUGGGAGAAGCCAGUAAACUUCAGGGCUUUCUCAGGGAUCUAGACGACUUCCAGUCCUGGCUAUCCCGCACUCAGACAGCUGUAGCCUCAGAGGACAUUCCUACCUCUCUGCCUGAGGCUGAGAGUUUGUUAGCCCAACAUGAGAACAUCAAGAAUGAGGUUGACAAUUAUAAGGAAGACUAUGAAAAGAUGCGGGCUGUCGGAGAAGAGGUUACCCAAGGCCAGACAGAUGCCCAGCACAUGUUCCUGGCCCAGAGGCUUCAAGCACUGGACACUGGCUGGCAUGAGUUGCGUCAAAUGUGGGAGAAUCGACACAAUCUUUUGGCCCAAGCCUUUGACUUCCAGACUUUCCUGAGAGAUGCAAAGCAGGCAGAGGCUUUCCUCAACAGCCAGGAGUAUGUCCUGUCCCACACAGAGAUGCCCACCAGUCUUCAGGCAGCAGAGGAGGCCAUUAAGAAGCACGAGGAUUUCCUCACCACCACAGAGGCCAGUGAGGAGAAGAUAACUGGCGUUGUGGAGGCUGGACGGCGCCUCAUUAACGACUCUAAUGCAAACUCUGAUAAGAUCCAAGAAAAAGUUGAUUCAAUCCAGGAAAGGCAUCAUAAGAAUAGGGAGGCUGCGAACGAGCUGCUGACUAAACUUAAAGAUAACCGUGAACUUCAACACUUCCUCCAAGAUGGACAGGAGCUCACGCUGUGGAUCAAUGAGAAGAUGCUGACAGCUCAGGACAUGUCUUAUGAUGAAGCAAGAAACCUUCACAGCAAGUGGCAGAAACACCAGGCCUUUAUGGCGGAGCUGGCCUCCAACAAAGACUGGCUGGACAAGAUUGAUAAGGAGGGUCAAGCACUGGUGGCGGAGAAGCCAGAGUUGAAACCUGUUGUCCAGCAGAAAAUGGAGGACCUACAACGUCAGUGGGAGGAGCUGGAGGCCACCACCCGCACCAAGGCCCAGUGCUUGUUUGAUGCUAACAGGGCAGAGCUGUUUACACAGAGCUGCUCUGCUCUGGAUGUAUGGUUGAAAAACAUUGAGAGCCAGCUGCAUAGCGACGAUUAUGGAAAAGAUCUGACCAGUGUUAACAUCCUCCUCAAAAAACACCAGAUGUUAGAGCAUCAGAUGGAGGUCAGAGAGAAGGAGGUGCAGUCUCUGCAGUCUCAGGCUCUCGCUCUAUCCCAGGAGGACGCAGGGCUGACCGAAAUAGAUGGUCAGCAAAGGCAUGUCACAGACAGCUUCUCGGGCCUUCAGGAGCCUCUCAAACUGAGGAGACAGCAACUACUUGCCUCCAAGGAAGCACAUCAGUUUAACAGAGACCUGGAAGAUGAAAUUCUUUGGGUGACAGAAAGGAUGCCUUUGGCCACCUCCACAGACCAUGGAAAAGACCUGCCCACUGUACAGAUGCUAAUCAAGAAGAACCAGACUUUGCAGAAGGAAAUCCAAGGCCAUCAACCUCGCAUCGAUGACAUCCAUAGACGAGGCCAGACUCAGAGCCAGGUGGAUGGUGAACGCCAGUCUGUGUUAGAGGAGCGCCUCGUCGAGCUGAAAGACCUCUGGGACCAGCUGAUUGCAGAGACGGACAAGCGUCAUGGCCGUUUAGUCGAAGCCAAUCGAGCUCAGCAGUUCUAUGCUGAUGCAGCUGAGGCGGAGGCCUGGAUGGGAGAACAGGAGCUGCACAUGAUGUCAGAAGAAAAAGCUAAGGACGAGCAAAGCGCUGUGAUGAUGGUCAAAAAGCACCAGAUCCUGGAACAGGCACUUGAAGACUAUGCCCAGACCAUUCACCAGCUAGCCAACAGCAGUCGCCUCAUGGUUAACAGUGAGCACCCAGAGAGUGAAAGAAUCACGUUGCGACAAGCCCAAGUUGACAAGUUAUAUGCAGGUCUGAAAGACCUUGCUGAGGAGCGUCGUGGGCGGCUGCAGGAAAGACUGCGGCUGACCCAGCUGAAGCGGGAGGUGGAUGACCUGGAGCAGUGGAUUGCUGAGAGGGAGGUGGUUGCUGGCUCCCAUGAACUAGGACAAGAUUAUGAGCAUGUCACAAUGCUGAGGGACAAGUUUCGCGAGUUUGCUCGUGACACUAGCACUAUUGGCCAGGAGCGUGUGGACGGUGUAAACGCGCUGGCAGAUGAUCUCAUCGAGUCAGGCCAUCCCGAGAAUGCUAGUGUGGCUGAGUGGAAGGAUGGUUUAAACGAUGCCUGGGCUGACCUGCUGGAGCUAAUUGACACACGCACACAAAUGUUAGCGGCCUCCUACGAGCUGCACCGAUUCCAUCAAGAUGCCAUGGAGGUGCUCGGGCGUGUAAAGGAGAAGAGGGAAGCUCUGCCAUCAGAUCUUGGACGUGAUCUGAACACUGUCCAGCAUCUACACAGACAGCACAACACGUUUGAAAAUGACAUCCAGGCGCUGAGUGGCCAGGUGAACCAGGUGCAGGAUGAUGCGGCUCGGCUGCAGAAGGCCUAUGCUGGCGAGAAAGCUGAUGACAUUCAGAGGAGUGAGCACGCUGUGACUUCUGCCUGGGAGGGCCUGCUGGAGGCAGGUCAGGCCCGCAGGCUCCUCCUGCAGGACACGGUGGAGAAGUUCCGCUUCUUCAACAUGGUGCGAGACCUCAUGCUGUGGAUGGAUGGUGUCAACCUGCAGAUUGAUGCACAUGACAGCCCAAGGGAUGUGUCCUCUGCUGGGUUAGUCAUUGCCAAUCAUCAGGACAUCAAGUCAGAGAUUGAGACAAGAGCUGACAGCUUUACUGCCUGCACUGAGAUGGGAAAUGCUCUUAUCAACAAUAAUCACUAUGCUACCGAUGAGAUUCAAGAGAAACUGGAUCAGCUCCAGAAAAAGAGAGACAAGAUCAACAAAAAGUGGCAAGACAAGAUGGACCAUUUACAAAUUGUGCUUGAGGUGCUGCAGUUUGGACGUGAUGCCUAUGUGGCAGAGUCAUGGCUGGCAGGCCAAGAACCUCUGGUGCGAGCUGCAGAGCUGGGCGCAAACGUAGAUGAGGUGGAGAGCCUCAUCAAGCGCCAUGAAGCCUUUGAGAAACUUGCCUCUGCCUGGGAAGAACGCUUUGUGCAGCUGGAGAAACUCACUACACUUGAAGAACAUGAGAUCCAAAGGAGGCGAGAGGAAGAGGAGCGAGCAAGGCGACCUCCUACGCCACCACUACCACAAGAAGUGACACAGUCUGAGGGAGGAAGUCAUGUACAUGAUUCUGCUGCCAGAACCAGCCUGGACCAGACCACACUGAAUCAGUCAGUCUCAGUGAAUGGAGUACACAGUGAUAACGACACAUCCCAGGGCUCAGAGACUGAGUCAGUUAAUGGGCCAGGGAGAGACAGCGGUUUGGCAUCUUCUCGCAUGGAGCCAUCUGCAACUUUACCAAGCAGGGGUGGAGCAGAGUCUGAGCCUGAAACAAUGGAGGGGAUGCUCUGUCGAAAACAGGAGAUGGAGUCCCACAGCAAAAAGGCAGCUACAAGGUCCUGGCAGAAUGUGUACUGUGUCUUAAGAAAGGGGAGUCUUGGUUUUUAUAAAGACAAUAAAAGUGCUAGCAAUGGCAUUCCAUACCAUGGAGAGGUGCCCAUCAGCUUGGGAGAGGCUGUGUGCGAAGUAGCCCAUGAUUAUAAGAAGAGGAAACAUGUUUUCAAGCUCAGACUAGGUGAUGGGAAAGAAUAUCUAUUCCAAGCCAAGGAUGAGGCGGAAAUGAGCUCCUGGAUUCGUUCCAUCCUUGGCUCCAUUCCAACCAGCUCGGGGGACUCGCCAGGAGGUCCCCGGGCCCUCAGCCGUGCCAUGACAAUGCCUCCCAUCUCCCCAAGCUCAGGUGACACUGGAGGUGUCACCAUGCGCAACAAAGAGGGCAAAGAGAAAGAUCGCGAGAAGAGGUUCAGCUUCUUUGGCAAGAAGAAAUAG